AUGUACAGUUUAGUUAAUUCGAAUUUCAAUAGAACGUACAAUCCUAGUGGUAGACAGAAUGCACUAUCAGAUAUCAAGAGAUUAUUAACUUCGCGAGAUACCGAAGCUCAGAACAAAGCGUGUGGCUACCUCAUUGAAGUAAUUGGAAGAUACGGAAAGACUUCUUUAGAGGGUACCCGAUUAGUGGAAUAUUUACUCGAUAAUGACAUCACAGUGUUUUUGUGUGAAGCUACAUCUAAUCUAGACUUUUCGUUGUUUAGAUCAAUCCUACAAUGUCUCCGUCUAUUAUGGCGGGAACGUCGCUUCUUCGCGGAGGAGCAUGCCGCGCAUGCGAUGACGGCGGUGUUGCGCGCGCUGGCUCAUUUUGCGGGCAGCGGAUACCACGCUGCUGUAGAUGCCUGUUUACAUUUUAUAUAUGAUUUGUUAACUGGUGUGAGCACUUACCAAACCACGCCACCGCUGUCUCACCAAAGCGCGUACAGCGCUGUACAACUUUUGGCCUGCCUCAAUGCUUUGGCUCCUCGCAUCAAUACCAACCCCAAUACUAUCCUAUCUAGCGCAUUAGUGCUGCAUGCUCUCGUAUCAUACCAGCCUGAUAGUCUAUGUAUAAAGGGAAGCACAGCGACCGCCUUACUCGAAGUAUUGAACCAAUGGUUCACUCUACUCAUGGGCACGUUGAACCACACUAUGCUGGCCGCAGAUGGUAGCGCUUGCGGAAUGUUCUUGGUCAUCAUUUGUCAACUCGGAAUCAACGUACUGAGGCUCAUAAAACUGUUGCGGCACGGCAGUGCGAAAGCGGACUUCGUUCAGACAAUCUUGAAUGACGAUCAGGAGAUUAGCGUGCUAAAACAGUGCACUAUUGAAAUGAGUUGUUAUGUACAACGUGUUAUUUCUGAGUUGAUUGUGUUUGCUAAGGAAAAUCAAAAUCAAAUUUCAACAGAAGAAUACUGCGUGUUUCUAAAGUUUUUACUAAAUUUUCUACACGAAAACACAAAAUCCGAAGUGUUAUUUGAUUUCUGCGAUGUUCUUUUCUCAAAAGGAUACCUUACUAUGCUGCCUCAAGUUCAAAUUAUUAGAAAUGAUACUACAGUUCGGAAAGUGAGCACCCUUGUCUUGGGUGAGAUGUUAAAAGUGUUAGCCGAAAAAUAUCUAAAUGUACAGAACACUGAAAAUGAUGACGUAUACGCCAGAGACAUUCAUGUAAGUAGCUUUAGAGAUAGGAAUUUUGAUCACGUAGAAAAUGUGAACAAACUUUCACUUGUCUACGAUGAAAUUCACUUUGAAACCUUUUUGUUUGCUCGAUUAUUAUAUUUUAUCCUACUAUCCGCGUCGAAAGGGUUUAAUUCCAAUAUUAAUGGCAAUAAUUCGCACCCUUGGCGGAAUAACGCCACAUCUGUAAAAUGA